AAAACGGGUAUAAAAAGCGAAUAAUUUGUUGCAUUGACAUCAAUCAGCAAAAUGAUUUUCAAGGAGAUCGUACUGUUUGCUCUCUUAGCAGUGGCAAUCGCCGAGAGGCCCCGAGUCGGCCUCCGGAUACCACCGAUCAUCCCCUUUUCCCCUCAAGUGGUCGGAGGUGAAGAGGCACCCGAAGGUGGAUAUCCGUUCAUAGUUUCCCUACAAAUGUAUUCUCAGCACUUCUGCGCCGGAUCUAUCUUGAACGAAAGAUGGAUCAUGACUGCAGGACACUGCGUUGAUGCAGUUCCUUCUGUAGAUUAUCUUGUUGUCAAGGCUGGAAAACACAAUAUUCAGACUGUAGAGAGCAGCGAACAGAAGGUCGAAGUGGAGCGAAUGAUAAUUCAUCAAAGCUAUAAAGGUGGUGUCGGUCCAUAUGACAUUGGUCUGCUUAAACUUGCAUCUCCAUUGAAGCUGAAUGAGCGAGUGCAGGCUGUCAACUUACCACCAGCGGAAAGUGAACCACAAGGAGAGGCCCAUCUCUCUGGAUGGGGCUCUACCUCGACUACCAGCGUCCCCAGUAUGCCGGCAAAACUUCAGCAUGUUGAGAUGGAAUACGUCGAUCGAGCUACUUGCCACGAGGCCGUCAAGCGAUUGACGGGUUCAUCCCCCGUUCAUGAAACUAACGUCUGCACCGGGCCAUUGCACGAUCAAAUCUCCGCAUGCAGCGGUGAUUCCGGUGGCCCUCUAAUCUCAUACGAUGGAGAUGGAAAACCAGUGCAGACUGGAAUAGUGUCUUGGGGUAUUAUUCCAUGUGGUAGUGACGGUGCGCCAUCAGUUUAUACCAAGGUAUCCAAAUUCAUUGGCUGGAUUGAUGAGAACACCAGGGGUUAUUUCAAAAUGUUUCCUAAAGCAAUCGUAUCGUUUGCUCUCUUGGCAGUGGCAAUCGCUGAGAGGCCCCGAGUCGGCCUCCAGAUGCCACCAAUCUUCCCCCUUUCCCCUCAAGUGGUCGGAGGAGAAGAGGCACCCGAAGGUGGAUAUCCGUUCAUAGUUUCCCUACAAAUGCUCUCGCAGCACUUCUGCGCUGGAUCCAUAUUGAACGACAGAUGGAUCGUAACUGCAGCGCAUUGCGUCAAAGCAGUUCCUUCUGUAAAUCUUCUUCGCGUCAAAGCUGGAAAACACAAUAUUCGAAUUAAAGAGGACAGCGAACAGACGGUCCAAGUAGAGAGAAGCUUCAUACAUGAAAAAUAUGGAAACGGUGUUGGCCCAUUUGACAUUGGUCUGCUUAAGCUUGCAUCUCCAUUGAAGCUGAAUGAGCGAGUGCAGGCUGUCAACUUACCACCAGCGGAAAGUGAACCACAAGGAGAGGCAUGGCUCUGUGGAUGGGGCUCCACCUCGACUAGCCGACUCCCGAAAAUGCCAGAUAAACUUCAGCACGUCAAGAUGGAGUAUAUCGAUCUCGCUACUUGUUCUGACGCUGUCAAGCGUUUGACAGGAUCAUCUCCCGUACAUGAGACUAAUGUCUGCACUGGACCGUUGUACGAUCAAAUAUCCGCUUGCAGUGGUGAUUCCGGUGGUCCUCUAAUCUCUCGAGUUGAAGGAAAAGCGAUACUCACUGGAAUAGUAUCUUGGGGUAUUGUUCCAUGUGGUACUGCAGGCGCACCCUCCGUGUACACCAAGGUAUCUAAAUUCAACGAUUGGAUUGAACAGAAAGUCAGUGAAUAUUAAUGACGACAAAAGUGACGAUGUAUCGAUGCAUACCGAUAAUGAAUUAUUGUAUUCUUUAACGUACAUAAAUAAACAUGCAGUAUAAAUAAA